AUGGCCGCCGCAUUCUUGGAUCAGGUCAACUUCAGCAUUGAUCAGCCCUUCGGCAUCAAGCUCGACAACUACUUCAGCAAGGGCUACGAACUCGUCACCGGCAAGUCCAUCGACUCGUUCGUCUUCCAGGAGGGUGUCACGCCCCUGUCGACCCAGUACGAGGUCGCCAUGUGGACCGUCACCUACUUUAUCGUCAUCUUUGGCGGUCGCCAGAUCAUGAAGUCCCAGGAGGCCUUCAAGCUGAAGCCCUUCUUCAUCCUCCACAACUUCCUCCUGACCAUCGCCUCCGGUGCCCUCCUCCUCCUCUUCAUCGAGAACCUCGUCCCCAUCCUCGCCCGCCACGGUCUUUUCUACGCCAUCUGCCACCAGGGUGCCUGGACCCAGCGUCUCGAGCUCCUCUACUACCUUAACUACCUCGUCAAGUACUGGGAGUUGGCCGACACCGUCUUCUUGGUCCUUAAGAAGAAGCCUCUUGAGUUCUUGCACUACUUCCACCACUCGAUGACCAUGAUCCUCUGCUUCGUCCAGCUCGGUGGCUACACCUCCGUCUCCUGGGUCCCCAUCACCCUCAACUUGACCGUUCACGUCUUGAUGUACUACUACUACAUGCGCUCUGCUGCCGGCGUUCGCAUCUGGUGGAAGCAGUACUUGACUACCCUCCAGAUCGUCCAGUUCGUCCUCGACCUCGGAUUCAUCUACUUCUGCUCCUAUACCUACUUUGCCUCCACCUACUGGCCUCACCUCCCCAACGUCGGCAAGUGCGCCGGUACCGAGGGUGCUGCUCUCUUUGGCUGCGGUCUCCUCUCCAGCUACCUCUUGCUCUUCAUCAACUUCUACCGCCUUACCUACAACGCCAAGGCCAAGGCUGCCAAGGAGCGUGGAUCCAACGUCACCCCCAAGACCCCCAAGGCCGACAAGAAGAAGAGCAAGCACAUCUAA